AUGGCUGACUUUGCGGCAAGGCGACAACAAAACAUUAAGCAGAAUGAGAUACUUCUCGGCGAACUUAGGAAUCCCAUACCCAAUGUCGACCCUCAAUCUAAGUCUGCAAGUAAAAGCGUUAAACGCAAGGCUAUUUCACUACGCGCGCCUACCAGACAGUCUAGGCGCAUAGCGGAAGCCAGCACGAAGCCGAGUUAUGAUGAAGAUCAAGAUGAUGCAUCUGUAUCACAGUCAUCCACUAGAACCACCAAAAAGCGUCGGAUGGAGAACAACGACAAGGUUGCGCAGCCAACGACUUCAGAUUCUUUAAACACUCAAAAACCCAAAGACGUCAAAUCUAUCACAGAAGGGUGGAUAAGUUGGAAGCCAGAAGCUGAUGAGCCGACGCGUGAUACAUCUGGAGCAUUUCACUUCGAGUCUCAUCCUGAUUUCCGGCCCAACAAAUCUCCAGAGGAGAUCAUCCGAGAAGGCAGCUUUGGCGGCUCUUACUGGCGACCUUUAUUCUCAAAGCAUCUGGGAAUCACUAUUCAAGAUGACUGGAGAGAACUGCCAUCAUCAUGGACCGUGGGAUUGAGCGUGGAUGAGUAUCUCGUCAGCGACACGUACAACCCCGAGAUAAACAAAUACGGUGUCGCAUGCGGGCAGAGCAUUGAGGAAUGGGAAGCCGCUGGCUGGAUCGCACAUGAGUACGAUGUUCGGGGCUGGUUUCAGUGGUAUUGUCGCUUUUGGAUGGGUCGUCGAUGUUCAGAUGACGAGCGCCAGAUCAGUCGUUGGAAGAAGUGCGUUGGCGAGACGGGUCGUUGGCGCCGGAUAUUGCUCAAGAAAUACGUGACUUUGGGGAUACGGACGGUAUUCGCGGAUGACGGUAGGGACGAAGAUGAGGUUGAUGUGAGCCCUGUUGUGCAUCAGACGUGUCAUCACUGGGCAUAUGAAGUUCGACAAGACGCUUUGGAGAGAUUUUGGGCUGAUGGGAAAUGA